GCCGUAAGGAAAGGCCCCUUGUCCUGCAGGAUGUGCCGGAGAGGGAAUGGUUUUUGCUGCCAGAGGUAGCGGGCGCUCUUGGUUCAGGCUCUCUGGGUCAGAAGAUCGAGGCUGGAGAAGAGUUGCGGCUCUUGCCUUGGGAGGGGACCCUCUGCUUUUCCCACGUAGUUGAUCUGGUGAGCAUUGGGGCGGCCCCCCUGCAGCCCCCUGAUGCCACAGGAGGUGGGGGGGUGCAGCCGCUUGGGCAGGGCAGGCAUCCUGGCGACCUUCCAUGCAUCCUCUCCCCCGGCCAUGAAGGACUACGCUGAGAUCAUCCUCUACCCUGACACGCUGGAUCGGGGCAAGGAAAAUGCCAGCUCUCCUCUAACCCUGCCACAUUUUUUCCUGACUGAGUUUUCCAACCCCGUCUUCGUGAGGGUGUGAGGGCGCAGGCAAUCCGUCUCCUGAAUGCGUCCAGAGAUGGAGAGGACAGAAGCUUGGCUGAUUGGAAGCUGACCGCCAACGGCUUUGCUCAACAGGUUCGGGACGUGGCCAGCAGGAAGUUCAAGCCAGACUGCAAAUUCUCCUGGUUCUGCGUGGCCAUCCUCAGUAUGGUCCUCCUGGUGCUUCUGGCCUUGCUGGUGGGCAUCAUCGUCCUCUCCCAGCUGAAACCCUCUCACCCAGCCAAAGUCUCACCUGGGGCAUCUUACGCUCUCUCCGUCUCCAAUGCUACCUCAGCUCCCCCCACGAGGACCUCAGUGGACUCUACAGCAGCGUUGUCCCAGGGAGACCCACCCCAAACCAUGACAUCUGCACCUUCAUGUGGGGGAAUCCUGCAUGGCCCUGAGGGCUCCUUCAGCUCCCCAAACUACCCAGCCCCCUACCCCGCCAAUAUUGUAUGCACGUGGCAUAUCCAGGGAAUGCAGGGGACCGUGAUCCAGCUGAAAGUGGAGGCUUUAGACAUAGAAAAUUCCAUCUCCUGCUUAUAUGACCGACUAGAGAUAUACAGUGAGCCGGAUUCUGCCUCUUUGUCGGAUGGGACGGCCAGGCUCUGUGGCCAAGAGGCCCCUGCAACCAUCAACACCAACUCUAGCUGGGUGCAGGCCACCUUCGUCUCCCACGGGCUCACCGCUGCCUCUGGCUUCACUGCCCGGUAUCGAACUGUCGCACCGAGUGAAAAGAACUGUUCCCAGGGUGAAUUUCUCUGUGAUGGCGGAUUCUGCCUCCUCCCGGCCUCGGUGUGCGACGGCCUUUACCACUGCGCUGACAGGAGCGACGAAGCCAACUGCAGCAUCAAACACAACGAGUGUGGGGGCACCUUGACUAGUUUGGAAGGCGUGCUCUUCAGUCCCAAUCACCCGCAACAGUACCCAAACCUGCAGCUCUGUCACUGGCACAUCUCGGUGCCCGUGGGCCACGUGAUCGACCUGCAGUUCCACAACUUCAGCCUAGAGCCGCAGAAAGACUGCAUCUUCGACUUCGUGGAAGUGUUCGACAGCGCGGGAAUGGGACGAGGCAGCGUUAUGGGCAGGUUCUGCGGCUCAGAAAUACCACCAGUUCUAACCUCCUCGCAACAUGUCAUGACGGUCCUGUUUGUGGCAGACGAGGGAAUGGUGGAUGAUGGGUUCUUUGCCACCUACCGGGUCCACAACGCCACGGAAAGAACUUGCAGUCCCUCCGAGUUCACCUGCAGGAACGGUGAGUGCCAGUCGCUGGAGUUGGUGUGCGACGGCUGGCGAGAUUGCCCUGAUGGAAGCGAUGAACACAACUGCAGCGGCAUCGCCUACCCGUCCAGCGCAGCGUCCAUCUGUGAGCCAAUCAAAGUGGAGAUGUGUCUGGACCUCAGCUACAAUGCCACCUCCUUCCCCAACAUCUGGCUGACCAUUGCAGAUCAGCAGGGGGCAGCCGAAGUGCUCCAGGAUUACCAGGUGCUGGAGGGCCUCACUUGCUACCCGUACCUGCGUGCCCUGAUCUGCAGCCUCUUUGUGCCCAAAUGUGUCCCCGACGGGGGCAUCCUUCAGCUGUGCCGCUCCGUCUGCCUGGAAGCGGAGCACCACUGCCAGCGAUCCCUGGGCCUGCUGGGCAUCCCGUGGCCUUUGAACUGUAACAUCUUGCCCAGUUCUGACGACCCUUUGGAGUGCUUUACGCCGUGAUGGGCUGCUCCAGUGGCAGCGGGGAGGGGUUUUUGUGCGUUUGGCCUUGAGAUUCUGCAGGGCCAAACGCGUCCCCCCACCCACAGGUCCAAGAAGGGCUUGGAAUCUGCUCAAGUCGCCAUCUGCAUCAGGGAACCGCUUCUGAACAUCUCUGUGAAGAAGUUAUGGGACCAAGCCUCUUGUAGGGUUGCCAACUCAAGCUUGGAAAGUUCCUGGAGAUUUGGGGGUGAAGCCUGAGGAUGGCAGGCGGGGUUUGGGGAGUGGGGAGGACCUCGGCACGAUCUAACACCAUAGAGUCCGAUGCCAGGGAAACUGAUCUGUUGUCCGGAAACCAGUUGUAAUGCCAGGAGAUCCCCAGGGCUCACCUAGAAGUUGGCAGCCCUUCCUAUACAGAGAAUGUGAGGGGAUGCUGUUGAGUUUCAGGCAUGGAAGCUGCAUGGCACCCCGAAAUAAUUUAGGGAUGCAACGUUUUGUCGAGGUUGGAUGCUUUAAUAACUGUCCGUCGAUUAAAAAGCUGCCCCAGAAUAA